AGAGCAUCAAUCAGCUGGUCUGGAAGAAGGGAGGCGGCGGUCAGCUCAGACGUGAUGGAGGGGCAGGCUAGGCACAUCCUCUUUUCCCUCCUCUUCUUCCUCCUCGCAGGCCGUCUUGAAGGGAAGGAAGGCGAAGACGUCAACCCGGACAUAUACCUGGACGUCCCAGGCCUCAUCACCAAGUAUGGCUUCCCCGUGGAGACUCACGUGGUACAGACGGAGGACGGCUACCUGCUGACACUGCACCGCAUUCCCCAUGGCCGGGCAGGGAGGAACAGCAGCAGCAGGCAGGAGGAGAACCGAGUAUUGCCAAGAACGCCGGUCCUGAUGCAGCAUGGGCUCCUCUCCUCCUCUGCCUGCUGGAUCAUGGGGGCACCUGAGAAGGCUCCUGCGUACAUGAUGGCAGACUCUGGCUAUGAUGUGUGGCUCGGCAACGCCCGGGGCAACACAUACUCCCGCCACCACACCUCCCUCAACCCUGACGGCAAGGAUGGCAAGUUCUGGGAUUUCAGCUGGGAUGAGAUAGGUCAGUAUGAUGUUCCAGCCAUGAUUGACUACAUACUGAACAAGACUGGCCACAAGAACCUCUACUAUGUGGGUCACAGCAUGGGAACCACCGUGUUCUUCGCAGCCAUGUCAGUGCGGCCAGAGUACAACAGCAAGGUGAGGGCCAUGUUUGGGCUGGGACCCGUGGCCACCGUCAAGCACAUCCUCAGCCCCAUCCGCUACCUGACACCGUUUGCCCACGAGCUUGAGGUCCUGCUUUCUCUGCUGGGCCAGUACGAGUUCCUGCCCCACAACAAGCUGUACGUCAAGUGGGUGGAGAUGGUCUGCACCACCAAGAGGUACCAGAAGCUCAUGUGCAUGAAUAGCAUGUUCCUCCUGACGGGAUUUGACGAGGCUGAGUUCAAUAUGACUUGGCUCCCUGUAAUCCUGGCCAAUAACCCGGCAGGCACCUCGGUCAGAACGUUGGCUCACUUUGCUCAAGGGGUGAAAUCAGGAAAGUUCCAGCACUUUGACUUCGGCACCAAGGAGAACCUGAAGCGCUACAACCAGACUCAGCCGCCCGUGUACAACCUGGCAAACGUGGUGGCUCCGGUGGGGCUCCUCUGGGCCGUCAAUGAUUUCCUGGCCGACCCAAGGGAUGAGACCCUCCUCGCCAUGAGCUUACCCAACGUGGUCCAUGACGUUCGGAUUCCACUGCCAUCCUUCAACCACAUUGACUUCAUAUGGAGCAUCGACGUGGACAAGCUCGUUGUUCGGCUCCUCCUCAAGUACAUGCCUUUCUACUGAGUUGGUAGUCACAACACAUUUCUUCAUGUAUACCAACCCAUCCCUCAACUGGUCACCAGACAGUCACACUACUGCCUGUUGAGCCUGUGGUUACAGUCUAUCCUUCUAUUAAGCUGACAGUCAUCAUUUGUACUGCUAUCCAAACUGUCUUGUGUCUAAUCAUCACUCACACAACGUUCUUUUCUCUAUCAAGCUGACAGCCAAACCACAUAACUCUUCUAACUUAACUGUCCCCCACUAGUCAGCAGAGUUAUGGCUGAUUUUUUUACACAUCAUAAUAGUCUUCAUCAACAAUAAUGUGGCUGAUUUGUCUUUUUUCAUUUGUUUUUCAAGGCAUAGUUAGUUGGUUUUGUUGAUUUUUUUAUAUCACUUUUUUUCGACUGAAUUUGCAAUACAUUGACUUUGAAAAUCCAACUCUUAUAACUCCAUCCCAAAAGUAGAAUUAAAAAGGCGAACUAGCCACAUGUUAAUAAAUACUAAUACAACGCUUCAUAAGUCUGGAGUUAUGUUGUACAGAUGCUCCUCUACUCACGGUGAGGUUUUAUUCUAAGAAACCCAUCAGAAGUUUAAAAUAUCAUGUCAAACUCACACCUAUUAAACAUCAUAACCUAGCCUAGCCUAGUCUACCUUCAGCAUGCUCAGAUCACUUAACCAGAGGCUACAGUUAGGUGAAUCAUCUAACACAAACCCUAUUUUAUAAUGAAACAUCAAAAUUCACAAUAUAAAGUAAAGAUUUUACCAGUUUCUCACUGUUGCACCAUCUUAACAUCAAAAUUUUGCAAGUGGAGGAGCAUUUGCACUUCCCAUCAUUCCCAGUCACAGCUUAUCCUUUCUUCUAAACUGGCAGGUAAUAAUUCUUGCUUUUUUUGCCAACCAGUUUUCUGUCAGUCACUACCAUUACAGUACCUCCUAUUAAUCCCUUCAGUCACAGCAUAUCCUCUCCACUAAGCUGAUGAUCAUAGUACACACCUUCCCAUUAACAAGUCACGCCAGACAGUCACAGUUCUACCCAUUGGUCACAGUGUAGCUCACUGGACAGCAUAGCAAACAUCCUCCCACAAUUUACACAGUCAUGAUACUUUCUCACAUCCGUGUCAUUGUGCACCAGCAGCACUGCACCCUCAACUCCACCACCAUCACAACAAAAGUUUCCAAGUGUAGUCUUGAAACUCUGUGGGCAUUGUGAAGUAAUUAAUUAUCUUAUCUGUAGGAACUUUUAUUGAUUUAUUUAUACAAACUAUUAUAUAUAUAUAUAUAUAUAUAUAUAUAUAUAUAUAUAUAUAUAUAUAUAUAUAUAUAUAUAUAUAUAUAUAUAUAUAUAUAUAUAUAUAUAUAUAUAUAUAUAUAUAUAUAUAUAUAUAUAUAUAUAUAUAUAUAUAUAUAUAUAUAUAUAUAUAUAUAUAUAUAUAUAUAUAUAUAUAUAUAUAUAUAUAUAUAUAUAUAUAUAAUGGCAUUUGAGUAGUGCCACACCUUCUUUUAAUGGAGGCUGAUUAUAGGAAAAAUUUUAACAUGCCAUUCUUCAAGUCAUUUGUACACCCUAUCUCUAUGGAUGUGAGCCAUAGACACUAAAUAGUGACUUGAAGAGGAGGAUUGACAUCUUUGGUAAAAAGUGUCUUGGCAGAAUCAUGGGAUAUCACUGGAAAGACUUGUGUUUCAAAUUGGUGAUUACUGUGUAAUCCCACGUCCUGCAUAGUCCCACGACAUGCAUAGUCUGUGAACGCAAAUUCCAGCUAUGUAGGCAUGUGGAGUGGAGGAGGCCAAGGGGACACCUAUAGAGCUUGUGGCUCGAGCAAGUCAGUGGAUCCUGCCUUGGGGUACUUAAGAUCAAAAGGGGGCCUGCAUUGAGACUUACUUGGAGGGAUUCCCAGGGCUGGCAUCAUAAGGUGGCGAUGUAUAGCCCAUUUAUUGAUUGAUUGAUGUUCAUAACAUAUAUACUGUAAUAUUUUUCUUUACUGUAAAUAUAUUUUCAAAAUUUUAUUUUUUACCAAUAUAUUUAAGUUUAUACUUUUACUGUACAUAUUUGCCUGUAGCACCAACAGUUUUGCAUAUUUUUUUCAUUAAAGUAUACACCUCUG